UUUAGAAGGCUGUGAGUCUUGUAAGUCGGGGGAUUUUAAAGCGAGGGACUUUUAACUAUUAAAUAUUAUAAUAAUGUCAGCACUACCCCACAGUAAAAAGCGCGUGUGUUAUUAUUACGACAGUGACAUUGGUAAUUACUACUAUGGGCAGGGUCAUCCCAUGAAACCACAUCGAAUAAGGAUGACUCACAACUUGUUGCUCAACUAUGGUUUGUACAGGAAAAUGGAAAUUUAUCGCCCACACAAAGCAACAGCAGAUGAAAUGACCAAAUUCCACAGUGAUGACUAUGUCCGGUUCCUAAGAAGCAUCAGACCUGACAAUAUGUCAGAGUACAAUAAGCAGAUGCAGAGGUUUAAUGUGGGAGAAGAUUGCCCAGUGUUUGAUGGGCUGUAUGAGUUCUGCCAGCUGUCGUCAGGUGGCUCAGUAGCAGCUGCCGUGAAGUUGAAUAAGCAGGCAUCUGAGAUCUGCAUUAACUGGGGUGGUGGCCUCCAUCAUGCCAAAAAAUCUGAGGCAUCCGGCUUCUGCUAUGUUAAUGACAUUGUACUUGGAAUUUUGGAGUUGCUCAAAUAUCAUCAGAGAGUUUUGUACAUUGACAUUGAUGUCCAUCAUGGAGAUGGUGUUGAAGAAGCAUUCUACACAACAGAUAGGGUGAUGACAGUGUCCUUCCACAAGUACGGAGAGUACUUCCCUGGCACUGGGGACCUUAGAGAUAUUGGCGCAGGGAAGGGAAAGUACUAUGCAGUUAACAUUCCCUUACGAGACGGAAUGGAUGAUGAGAGCUACGAGUCUAUCUUCGUUCCCAUCAUUUCAAAAGUAAUGGAGACAUUCCAGCCAAGUGCUGUCGUGCUGCAAUGUGGAGCAGAUUCUCUGACUGGAGACAGACUUGGCUGCUUUAAUCUCACUGUACGAGGUCAUGGAAAAUGUGUGGAGUUUGUAAAGAAAUAUGGACUUCCAUUCUUGAUGGUUGGAGGAGGAGGUUACACCAUACGAAAUGUAUCUCGGUGCUGGACGUACGAGACAUCCGUAGCGCUGGGCACUGAGAUUGCAAAUGAACUGCCAUAUAAUGACUACUUUGAAUACUUCGGCCCUGACUUCAAGCUGCAUAUUAGCCCUUCUAACAUGGCAAACCAGAACACACCAGAAUACCUAGAGAAAAUCAAGACGAGACUAUUUGAAAAUCUUCGGAUGCUGCCCCAUGCCCCAGGAGUUCAAGCACAAGCAAUCCCUGAAGAUGCAGUUAAUGAUUCUGAAGAUGAUGAAGAUAAAGCAAACCCUGAUGAACGGUUAACUCAGGCUGCAUUGGACAAGCGAAUAGCACCUGAUAAUGAGUACAGUGACUCUGAAGAUGAGGGGGAGGGAGGACGUCGAGAUCAGAGGUCAUUUAAGGGCAGAAAACGUCCCCGUUUGGACAAACUGGACACAAAACAAGAGAAGCAGGAUGUUGAUGACAAAGUGAAGCUUGAGGAUGCCACCAAAAUGGACACCAAAGGAGAAAGUGAGAAAGACGACAAGACUGGCAUCACUGAAGACAUGAAAAAGGAUUCCGGACUGAAUGCAUGAUAACAGGACUGUCACCAGCUAGAUUUUGUAAAUGUACAGGAUGGUACAAAUUUUUAUUAUUCAUACCAUUUUUAAAGCCGUCCCUCCAAGUAUAAUACACACAGGACAUAUUCACCAGCAAUGUUCGGUGUAGGAGGGAAAAUUGUGGCAGUUAUAUGGUAGAGAGUAAUCACGCAGAAAUGAAUAAUUAAAUUGUUAAGGUGAACUAUUUAUAUAUUGUAUUAUUUCACAUUAAAAAGAAAAUGUAAUUACUUAAUAUGAAAAUAAAGGACAAUAGGAACAACACAUUAAAAGAGCGGUGCAUAUGCGCAAAACGGUGUCUUUAUGAUGGAGAAAAGACAUUCCGGUUCUUUAUUUAUUUAUAAUCUCUUACUUUGUGUUUGUUUCCCUAUUUUCCUCUAUUUUUAUAUUCAUUUUAUUAUAAUAUGUAAGGGAUUUAUAAUUCUGUAACUUCAUGUAUCUUUUGUAAAAUGUACUUAAAUUAUGAUUGAUUCUUACCCUUCUAAUUAACUGUUAAGUUCUUUGAUUAGAAGCACGAAGACAGAUGUUUUAAAUCAUAAAUUCCAAUAAUUUUCCUGUCCGUAUAAGAAGAAAAUAUCAACAUUUUGUCAUAGAUUUGCAUACAUCGUAAGUGGGUGUUGUUAGGACUUGUUCAUGAUUGAACUGAAGGGCAGAUGCCAUUGAGAAACAUGGACAUGAAUUUGACUGUCUUUUAGUUGCCAUUUGUAACAUGUAAAAAUAAAUGCUUCAUACUGUUGAA